UUCAACCAUAUUGGAAUUGCUGUCGGUAUUGUUUACAAACAGUUCUGGUGAAAAUCUCUAUUUAACGCUGUUCCAUAGAAACCACAUUAGACGAUCAUCAUAGAAGCCCAUGAAUAAUCAAGCUGGUUGACAGAAUAAUUUUCACUAUUAAGUAUUGUUCCAACCUCCGAAGAAUACAGACAUACUAUCAAACAAGUCUUUCCAUUUUCUGGAGUUUGUAACAAUUUUUGGCGACGAAGAUCGGCACCAAGUUCCAUGAGCGGUACGUAAACAGUAUCCUGCCAAAGCAUCCCCGCGAUUUCGGCCUGGACGACACGGUGAAGAAACUUAAGAAGCUUUUUGGCCGCCAAACCUCGCUGUUUAACGAUCGCUACCGUUGUCUACAAUAUGUCAAGAACGAAACAUACGAUUUUUCAAGUUACGCUGCCUCUGUGAACAAGCACUGCGAAGCAUUCCAGCUGACCAAGCUCACCGACGACCAAUUCAAGGCACUACGUUUUGUUUGCGGUCUACAAUCUCCCCGCGAUGCAGACAUCCGAACUCGAUUGAUCGGUAAGUUAGAAGCUGAAGAGCAUGCUCCGCCAGCAGACAGCACGAAGCUCACACUGGAAAAUCUCGUCAAGGAGUGCCAUCGGUUUAACAAUCUGAAGCAGGACACCAAGAUGGUAGAGAAGCCCGUUCCGGAAAAAUCCGUCGUCAACGCCGUUUCUACCAAGCCUGCUAAGAAGAAGCAACCGAAAUCUCCGUGCUGGUUCUGCGGUGAUUUACACUUUGUGAAGGAAUGCCCCUAUCAAGACCACAGCUGUAGGAAGUGCAAACGGAAGGGGCAUAAAGAAGGUUACUGCUCAUCCGUGGAAUCAAAACCGAAGUCUGCAAAGAAAUUCGAAAAAACCGAAAUCCAAGGAAUAUGUGAAGUCCAAAGGAAUUUCGGUGAAACGCAUCGAUCUCCAAGGGAAGAGGAAAUACGUUACCGUCGGAAUCAAUGGCAACGAUUCCGUUCUCCAGUUGGAUUGCGCUUCCGAUAUCACGAUCAUUUCUACGCAAACCUGGAAGACGAUAGGAAAACCAGCCAUCAGCGAAACUGAAAUCACCGCCAUCAGCGCUUCCGGAAAUAUGAUCGACAUGACUGGUGAGUUCCUUGCUGAAUUAACCAUCCAAAGCGUGACGAAAGCAGGCAUUGUCUACGUGUGAUCAAGCCCCGAUUUAGAUGUCCUCGGAAUUGAAACAAUCGACCUAUUCGAUCUGUGGUCAAUUCCAUUCAGCUCGCUGGUUAAUGCUAUCCAUCAUAAACCGGAACUAAUGCUAUCCAUCAUAAACCGGAACACUGAGCAAAAGCUGCGUACGAAGUUUCCUGAAGUGUUCCAGAGUACACUAGGCCGGUGCUCCAAAGCGAAGGUUAAACUCUACCUGAAGCCCGACGUCCGUCCAGUGUACUGUCCAAAGAGGCCAGUUGCAUAUGCUGCCCUUCCAAAGGUGGAUGCCGAACUUCAACGUCUUCAAGACAAGGGAAUAAUCUCACCAGUGAAGUUUUCCGACUGGGCAACCCCGAUAGUCGUGGUCCGGAAGUCGGACAACGUUUCCGUCCGUAUCUGCGGCGACUAUUCUACAGGGUUGAACAACGCACUAGAAUCAGAUGCCCAUCCGCUUCCGCAUCCAGAUGAUGUUUUUGCUGAUCUGGCUGGCUGCCGGUAUUUCUCCCAACUCGAUCUAUCUGAUGCGUACCUGCAAGUCGAGGUUGAGGAGGAAUCUCAGAAGUAUCUAACGAUCAACACUCACCGUGGACUGUUCAAAUACAACCGUCUGCCGCCUGGAAUCAAGUCCGCUCCUGGUGCGUUCCAAAGGAUUAUCGAUAGCAUGGUCGCUGGUAUUCCUGGAGUGAAACCGUAUCUGGAUGACAUCAUGAUUGCCGGUAGGACAAAGGAAGAACACGAUCGCAGCCUCCAUGAAGUUCUGGAACGGAUCAAGAUGUACGGUUUUCAUCUGAGGAUCGAAAAAUGUCGAUUUGGCCUAUCGCAAAUCAAGUUUCUAGGUCAUAUAAUCGACAAAGGCGGCUUACGACCUGAUCCAGCGAAGACUACCGCAAUUUCGCAGAUGCCAGCUCCAAUGAACGUAUCACAGCUUCGAUCGUAUCUUGGAGCUAUCAAUUAUUAUGGGCGUUUCGUCAAGCAGAUGAAGGAGCUGAGAGCACCCAUGGACUACUUGCUGAAACAAAACGUCAAUUGGGAAUGGACUGCAAGCUGCCAGAAGUCAUUCGACAAGUUCAAAACGCUGCUCACUUCCGACUUGUUGCUGACGCACUUCGACCCAAACAAGGAAAUCAUCGUAGCAGGUGAUGCAUCCAAAGACGGCUUGGGCGCUGUUAUUAUGCAUCGCUUCCCGGAUGGAUCAGUGAAGGCAAUUUCGCACAUUUCAAGAUCACUGACCCCUGCAGAGAAAAAUUACGGUCAGAUCGAGAAAGAAGCUUUGGCGCUGAUUUUUGCUGUGACACGAUUUCAUAAAAUGUUGUUCGGCCGGAAAUUUACCUUGCAGACUGAUCACCAACCACUUCUCAAGGUGUUCGGAAGCAAAAAAGGAAUUCCGGUAUACACGGCCAACCGACUUCAACGCUGGGCGCUUACGUUGAUGCUGUACGAUUUCGACAUCCAGUUCGUGCGCACUGAAGAAUUUGGACACGCGGACCUCCUUUCAAGACUGAUGAAAUGCCAUGCAACAGCCGAUGAAGAAUAUGUCAUUGCUUCUGUACAAAUGGAAGCCGAUGUCAACGCCGUUCUCAGUGAUUCUACUUCUAGUCUUCCCGUGACGUCUGAAAUUAUCGCUGCUGAAACAUCAAGAGAUCCUGUUCUCCAAUCGGUGGUGUUCCAUAUCAAUGAAGGAUGGCCCAAGUAUUCCAAGGAAAUUGAUGAUCCAGUUGUUCAACAAUUCUUCACUCGCCGAGACAGUCUGCAGAUCGUUCAAGGUUGCAUCAUGUUCGGCGAUAGAGUCGUUGUGCCAGACCGUUUUCGCAAACGCAUUCUCCACCAACUGCAUCGAGGCCAUCCAGGAAUGGAGCGGAUGAAAUCCCUAGCGAGGAGUUUCGUGUACUGGCCCAACAUCGAUGAUGUCGUCGAAGACUACGUCCGCUGCUGUAGAUCCUGUGCUGAAGCUGCUAAGUCACCACACAAGACGGACCUGGAGUCGUGGCCCAUUCCAUCGAAGCCGUGGGAACGAGUCCAUAUUGAUUAUGCUGGCCCAAUCAAUGGAUACUACUACUUUCUGGUAAUCGACGCAUAUUCAAAAUGGCCAGAAAUCUAUCGCACUCGAAGCACAAGUACAACAAAGACACUGGAGAUGCUAGACGAGAUAUUUGCAAGAUACGGCAAUCCCAAAACUCUCGUCUCGGAUAAUGGAUCGCAAUUUGUUAGCGCCAGAUUCAAGCAAUUCAAGCGCCCUACCAUCCACAGUCUAAUGGACAGGCUGAGCGCUUUGUGGACACACUCAAGAGAGGACUCAAGAAGUUACUAGAGGGAGGAAAUCAUCCAGCAUCUUUCCGACAUCUUCAAACUUUCCUUUCCGUUUAUCGAUCCACGCCCAAUCGAAGUGCUCCUGAUCAUAAGUCUCCUGCAGAGCUUUUCCUUGGUAGACCCAUCACUACUACUCUGGAUCUGCUCAAACCCCGGAAGACACCGACACCAGCUGUAAACAGUAAGCAAAAUAACCAGUUCAAUCGACACCAUGGCACCGUCAAGAGAGAGUUCUGCACUAAUGAUUUGGUGUAUGCAGAGGUUCAUCAUCGCAAUCAAGUCUCCUGGGUUCCUGGCAAGGUGAUCGAGAAGAAAGGUUCCGUCAUGUAUGCUGUCCUCCUGGAAUCCGGUCGUCUUAUCCGUUCUCAUACGAAUCAGCUACGACAGCGUCAUCUGGAAUCCUCUAGUGAUGCUACAGAGACAAGUUUGUCAUGGACUAUGCUGCUUGAGGAAUUUGGUAUGCAAGAUUUGUGUACCCCAUGCCCCAAUGAAACUGCCGAUCCUGAUUUGGAAAAAGCUCAACAACCACCUGAAGUACCACCUCCUACCGAACCAACAUUGGAUCAAGAAGAGGUUCCAGUCCCUGAAGCCGUUGUUGAAGUCAUUGAACCACAGUGCUCCAAUCAACCCGUUCGUAACCGUAGGCUUCCAGCAUGGCUUGCACCGUACGAUCUCUUUUAAGGGGGAGAUGAUCCAUAGAAACCACAUUAGACGAUCAUCCUAGAAGCCCAUGAAUAAUCAAGCUGGUUGACAGCAUAAUUUUCACUAUUAAGUAUUGUUCCAACCUCCGAAGAAUACAGACAUACUAUCAAACAAGUCUUUCCAUUUGCUGGAGUUAGUGAUAUAAAAGUGUCGAACAAGCGCGGAUAGCGAUGAUUAGAUCAAGCAGGCAAUCAAGUAACUAUUUUGACUCAGCCCAGUGGAUCCGAUAGUCAGCAACAACUGCAAACGACGAGAGUUGUUGCCAGUCGGAAGAACAAGAAAAUCAUCAGAGCCCUGCCGGCGGCUCUCUGCAAUCUGCUACGACGCCUAUUCGAACGAUGCCUCAUAUGUUUGGUAUCAUUGAAUUUCUCAUCGGCUGCAUCGGAACCGCUAGCUACGCGUGCGCAAAAUGACAAAUAGAAGAUAUGGAUAGAUGUAUCAGAGAAAAAACAAGACUGCUGUGGAAAUCGUUUUUGAUAGAAGAAAAAAGUCGAUUCCUGUCAAACCACCUACUGAAUAUUUUUCACAAAGACAUUGGCAGAGUGAGGUUCAUGCCAAGAGUGGCCUUAGUCAAAAAAGCCAAGAACGCUGCUGGCCGUCUGUACAUUUGUGGGACGAAUGGGGAAUUUUUUCCCUAUUAGAUAGUGAACGAUAUGUGACUAGGAGACGCUCGUCAAAUACUGCAACUAUUACGAUACUCUUACUAAACAAAAAGAAACUUCGGAACGUUUUGUCAAUAUAAUAUAUCGGUUUUUUUCUCUUCUAGAUAUCUA